CAUCCUCGCCGCGAGCGCGACAGCGACAGCGACAGCGACAGCUCGUUUGGCCGCUUCCGCCGGCACAGGGCCAAGGCAGCCGCGCUCGGCGUCCUUGCAGGCCUUGCGUUCUUGUUAUUCCUUGCCGCCAGCCUCCGCUCCACCCCGCCAUCACCGCUGUCCGCGCCCUCCCACUCCCACCACUCCCCCAUUGCGAACGAGACCGCGGCCGACUCCUCGCCCGCGCUCGACGAGACGCUCGCUCCUCCAUCCACCGCCGAAAUGGCGCUCAACAGCAGCGCCGGCGCGACGUCGGUCGCCCGCGUCUACGCCGACGUCAACGCCAACAUGCCCCGCGCAUACUGGGACUACGACAGCGUCAACAUCUCGUGGGGCGUGCUCGAGAACUACGAGGUCGUGCGCAAGAUCGGCCGCGGCAAGUACAGCGAGGUGUUCGAGGGCAUCAAUGUGGUCAACUACCAGAAAUGCGUCAUCAAGGUGCUGAAGCCGGUCAAGAAGAAGAAGAUCAAGCGCGAGAUCAAGAUCCUGCAGAAUCUGAGCGGCGGCCCCAACAUUGUCAGCCUGCUGGACGUGGUGAGAGAUAACCAGGUUAGUGAUGGCUCCGAUUGGGUUGGCGACUGGAGUAAAACCCCGUCCUUGAUCUUCGAAUAUGUCAACAACACCGACUUCCGCAGCCUGUACCCCAAGUUCCAGGACUACGAUGUGCGGUACUACAUCUACGAGCUGCUUAAGGCGCUGGACUUCUGCCAUAGCAAGGGCAUCAUGCACCGCGACGUCAAGCCUCAUAACGUUAUGAUCGAUCAUGAGAAGCGAAAGUUGCGGCUGAUCGACUGGGGCCUUGCGGAGUUUUACCACGCCGGCACCGAGUAUAACGUUCGCGUUGCUUCGCGUUACUUCAAGGGUCCGGAGCUCCUAGUCGACUUCCAGGAGUACGACUACUCGCUCGACAUGUGGUCGCUCGGCGCCAUGUUCGCGUCCAUGAUUUUCCGUCGAGAACCCUUUUUCCACGGCAACAGCAACUCGGACCAGCUCGUGAAGAUUGCGAAGGUUCUGGGAACAGAGGACCUGUUCGACUACCUCGACAAGUAUGACAUUGAGCUCGACGCACAGUACGACGACAUUCUGUCGCGCUACCCGAAGAAACCCUGGCACUCGUUUAUCAACGCAGACAACCAGCGCUUCGUUAGCAACGAUGCCAUCGACUUCCUCGACAAGCUGCUGCGAUACGACCAUCAGGAACGACUCACAGCUAAAGAAGCGAUGAACCACCCCUACUUCGCUCCCGUCCGCCAAGCUGCCGCACAGAACCACAACGCGGGCACGUCUCAUUCUUGAAUGAUACCCUUUUCUCAGUAGACCUUAUCUAAUGCAAGAGAUAUGCAGGUGACGGAGCCGGAAACGCGAACAAUAUCAACCGGGUGCCGCCGACGCUACCUUCUAUUCGAGAAGCCCUUAGGAGUGGCCACUAGCCGGCAGGCUGAUGUCACAACUGAGCAUGGACCUAUCGGCGGGAGGACGAUCGAGGCGCGGGAACUAUCUUCAGUAGAACACGAUUACAUGUCGGCACAGUAUACUUCUGUCAGGCUUCGGCGAGCACCACACUCUUCCUUUGCAUUUAUGUUUCACCGCUCGGAGCUCUUUUUGGCAAGCGGUUGCGUGCGCUGGGAAGGAAUACGCUACAUUGCAUUUCCAGGGCGUUUAGUAUUCUAGUAGAGAUCCAAUUGAAACAAACAGACCGAUCCAUU